CCAUGCUCUUAUAUAGGAACUUUCCUUCCCCUUUCUUUCCCCAACCAAACUUUUUCUUUCUCUCCAAACACUCUUUUUUUACUUUACUCUCAAAACUCCCUCGUAUACCACAUGGCAAAGAUUGGAAAACUAACGAAGCUCAAGUCAGCUAUAAAGAGAUGGCCAUCUUUCACAAAACUAGCUCGCACAAACAGCUCUAUUGCUGCUAGCAAUGAUCAGUCAGAAGACAAGAUUGCAAAUGAACUUCAAGCAGUUUAUGUGGGGAAGUCUCGCCGGCGAUAUCUUUUGAGCUCAGAUACUAUUUGUCACCCUCUCUUUCAAGAACUGAUAGAGAGGUCAGGCGGGUUCGACGAUGGAGAAGUAGUGAUUGCUUGUGAAGUUGUGUUGUUUGAGCACUUGUUAUGGAUGCUUGAGAAUGGUGGCUCUCAGUUGGAGUCCAUGGAGGAGCUUGCUGAAUUCUACUACACUUGCUAAUAACGGUGAUGAAGAUAAAAGGUUAGAUCAAGAUUAGCGGCCAGAAAAAAAUUAGGGAAAAUAAAUAAGUGUGGACUAAUUGUAUGGCGAUCGAGGUUCCAUAAUAUUAGGUUGGAUAUGGGUUUGCUGUUUAGGAUUGUUUUUUUUUUUUUUCCCCUUAUUUUCUUUUCAAAUUUUGUUUUUAGGAUUGUGAUUAUCAACUGCUAAAUGAAAAUAUUUUUCUUAA